AUGUUGUUCAUCACCACUUUCAUGCUCUUGGCUCCGCUGGUUGCUGCCGGAGUCAAGGGAUUCGGCAUCGUGUUCAGCGUUGAGCCAAUGCAAGGCUCUACGGCAGGUGGCACUGAAAUUCAUGUCGCAGGUGCUGGCUUCGCCUAUGUCACGCAGGUCCUUGUCGGUGGAAAGCCUUGCCACAUCCUCGAGCAGAUGACUAAGGAUGGGGAGCUUACAGCUUUUACUCCGGCGUUGGAUUCAGGCUGGCAUGAGGUCGAGGUGGUCUUCACAUCAGGUCAUCGGGCUCAGCUUCGAGAUGGAAAGUUCAGGACCAAUCAUAGGUUCACUCCAGUGGUCUCAUCCAUCUCGAGAGCUGCAGCUAUUAUCAGCAAUGUCACCUGGCAUGGAGACUUGAAGAAGAUGCUGGAGUUGAAUAUGCGCGACAUCUUUGAAGAUACAGGUGAGAAACGCAAUGCCACCGAGAUUAUGCACGCCUACUUGGGCACAGGAGAGGAAAUCCUGGCAGACAAAGCUGGGCGCGAUGAGUACCGCUGCGACAUCCUGGAGACGAAGACGGUGAACGAUGGGGUGUGUGAAGUGUCCGCUGGAACCCCGGCAGGCUACUACAACUUCACGUACGUCUUGGAAAACGGGGUCAGCAUGAAUGGCUAUGGCAAAUCCGCCUGGGAGGUGCAGGGACUGCCCUCUGUCACGCUGGAGGGGCGGGAAUAUGCCAUUGAGGUGUAUCCAACGAUGCAUUCCUUGAGGACCAAGCAGGUCGGAAGACUGGGAGGAGCACCCGUCUUCGUGGAGGCCGACGGCGUCUUCAUCGGCAAAGGCGAUUUUGCCGGACGGCAUCAGGUGCUCCUUGACGGUGUGCCUUGCAUCGUUGAGGACAUUGAGGAUUUGGGGAACACGCAGGUCUUGCAGUGCACACCCGGCGCGACUGCUCAACGCCCGUCCCACUGGCCUAAGCGCCUAGCGGUCGGAAGUUGGGCAGCGGCUUGGGAAGCUGCUGAGGGGAUCGGCCCGUUCUCUGGGAAUGCUACGACGGUUGCCACUGUGGGCCGCAAGACCAAGAAAGCUUGGGACAUCAUGGCCUACACUGAGUUUCAACAGCCUGGGCACAUUUGCAAUGGAGCUCGCCAUUGGCUUCGUCCCACCAGCAGCCUAGAGGAAUGCGCGGAGAACUGCUUCUUUAUGAACUGCAGAUUUUUCGACUUCCGCCGCGAGAGCCGCCAUUGCCACUGGUGUGGAGAUGUCGAGGCAGAUGGCACGAUGACCACACGAGACCCGGGAUGGACCUGGCAUCCGGACACCACCGGAGGAGUGUACAAACUCAACAUGUGGCUUGGAAAAUAUCUCCAGGAGUUCGCGAGCCAAGGACCCAAUUGGAAACUGCUUUAUGGCGAUGGGCGCACUCGCUGCGCAGGAGACCGGUGGUAUAGCGAAUGGACCCUAAUGGGCUACCGGAUGGGAGGCUUUAUUCAGCAAUGUGCUGAUUGGUGCUCCUCCAUGGAAGCCAACACUCCGGGUGGAAACUGCACCUACUUUGGCAUCAUCGGGCACCUGAAUCGGGGUCGACAGUCCCGGUGUGUCAUCUACAGUCCACAAGGCCGUACUCCAGAGUACCAGGAGACAGGUGGAGCUGCAUGCGUGCCGGAAGAAGAUUCAUGGAUUGGCCACCACUGGACAGUCUUUGAGCUGACCCGCGAAACGCCCAUGUCACCACCUCCCAGCGGAGUUCAACCGGGAGGUCGUGGUGCUCUAGUUCGAGUGUGGAACAUGUGCCCCAAGGGGAAUGCUUUCAACAGCGAGUGCAACAGUGCCAGGUUUGCCGGCCGUGGGGCUCUGCAAGCGUCCAUGAAUCCUGAAUACCGAGCCCAACGCCCCAUGAUGGAAGUGGUCCGAAGUGACGUCCUUCGUGGUGCUUUCGGCUUUGAAGAUGUGGCUUUCUCCGAUCCCAUGGACCUGGAGGCCUAUGACCGCGAGGGGCCCUACGCCAAUAUGGCUGAAGCCUCUGGCAACCAUGGCAUUGUGGAAGAGAUCAUGGCUUUCUUCGUGGCUCCGGUCUCUGGUUACUACUCCUUCCUCACCUGGGGAGACAUGGAGCAGGAUGUAUGGCUCAGCCAGUCAUCAGAUCCUGCUGAUUUGAUCAAGGUGGCCAGGAAGCUCGACUAUUCGCCUUGCAGGAGCAGCAGCAACCGCCGACGAGCUAGCUAUGCUGGAUGCAGCAUUCUCUACAACUACCGAAGUGACACCAGAUAUCACAACAUCAACCAAGAGGCCCAUCAAGGGACCAACCUUACAAGGAGUUUUGACUUCUCGGGCGAGGAUCUUGGGUACCGUACACCCACUGAGCACACCUUGUACCUCACCAAAGGUGAGCGUCGAUUUUUCCUCAAGCGCGCCAUGUUGGCGGAGGAUGCUCGCCCAGGGCACAGUUCGCGCCGCCGGCGUCGAGCGCGACAGUUCACGGGCCUUCGCAUCCAGCGGCCGGACCUCUCGGAGAAGUCCGCCGCGGAGAAGGAACUUCUGAGUCAAAGGAAGAGUUGGCCCGAGAUGCUCCUCUUCAAGAAGAUCAUCUCGAAAGAAGAUGGCCAGUGGCGAAUCGGCUUGCGUGAGAACUUUGGAGAUGAGCCAACAUUCAGCAACUGGAUUUGGUGGAAUUUCAACGACUGGCAUAUCAUGGAAGCCUUGAACGAGAUGACGAUGCCCAGCGGCACCAAAGUCGCUGCCGAAGCCUGGUGGAUGGACUCCUACAGCAAUGCCAACGGCGAGACGGUGACCGAAUACCUAGUGCAGAUGUGGCGCCCGGGGGGAAACUUGCCUCCCCCGAUCAUUGAGUAUGACUUGAUGCGCAGUGUGGUUGAGAUCAGAGUCGUCUCCAAUGGCAAUCCCAAUGACCUGUGGCUGUGGCCGUUGUCAGCGUCCCACUUCGAGGUUCCAGCCUUGGAAGCCUCGGCACAGGUCAGUGUGACCGGAGUGAGCGCCUUGCACAGCCCUCGCACCAGCUUUGAGGGUAACAUGAGCAACACCAGCAUGAACGACACAGAAGAGGUGGAGCCGAUUCCCUUUCCUUGUGAAGUGGGAGCUUUCGAUUCCCCGAACUGCUCCGAAGCCUUCGGUUGCGACUUUGGCGCAACGGUGCAAGGCGGCUCCACCAACAACAUUUUCGAUGCGUGGCAGAUCUAUGACACCUGGGAGGAAUGCCAGCAGAGAUGCUGCCAUGACCAGGACUGCUUUGCCGUAUCCUAUGACACAAUCAACAAGUAUUGCAAGAAGCAUUCCGAGCGGCAAGACCACCAACUCACGACUUCGGACACGGAUCUCUAUGCACCCGUGGUGAGCCGCGAGCCCUCCACGGAUGGCUUCAAGCCCUUUCGCGGGCGCGUGGAAUUCCAAGGAAUUCAAGUGGGUGCCUACCCUGGACAUCGCUCAGUCACCUUCUGCAAGGAACGCUGCGCAGCGGAACCGAUGUGCAACCAUAUCAUUUGGCAUGAGACUCGAGGAUGCUUCUUGAGGAGCCAAUGCAUUGAUGACAACAGCAUUCGCGGAGAUGUUUGGAAUGCUGAUGACCAGCACUGGACCUUCUACAAGAUUCAAGGAAGGUGUGCGGACGUGUGGGACUGGUCCGACGCCGACCGGAGCCGUGUUCUUUUCCCCAGCGACCCCUACGGAAGCACGGUCAGCACCAUCACCAACGGCUAUCCUCACCGGCGUCGCCAACGGUAUUCACGGUACAGCAUCGGCAAGCUGACGCGAACUGCAUUUUCUGCCGUCACGGUCCAGGCCCGACUCCUGGAGGAGCUUCCAAGAUUCCGGCGCCUGUCAAGCAACGACCCCUGCGUGGACAAUUGCACCAGCUUUUGCUCCCAGGACACCUCGGACGAGAUCGUUGAGGACUGCCAGUCCGAUUGCUUGUGGACCAACUGUGGCCUGGUUGGCAAUUUCACCAGCACCGUCACACAGACGUCCACCACCACCACGACCUUGCCACCUCCACCGGUGCGCUUGGUGCAACUUUCAGGCGAUCUGUUCAAUGUGGGAGAUUCGCUGCCAUCGGAAGGCCAUGUCGCGGGCCGAGUGGAGGUCUUCUACAAUGGGGAGUGGGGUACUGUUUGCUCCGAUGGCUUCGACGACGUGGAAGCCACCGUGGUGUGCAACGAGCUGGGUCUAACCAAUACCUACGCUCGCUUUGACAGUUCGGCGCAGGCCGGAAGUCCUGGCUCUGAAAGCCAACAGAUUUGGAUCGAUGACAUUGACUGCGUAGGCGACGAGUCGCACCUCAGCUUGUGCGCAAAAGCAGACUGGGGCGUGAGCAAUUGCUUCCACUCCGAAGAUGCCAAGGUUUGGUGUGAAAGCACCUCGACCACGGUGACCACAAGGACGCAGACAACCACCUUGGCGACCACCUCCACCACCACGGCCUUUCCCACGGUCAUGGUCACUCCAAGGAGCGGCUUCCUUCGGCAAGAUCUCACCGGGCGCUGCUUGAGCCCCGCCAGCUGCACUGAAGCAGCAGCCUUGACCGUGCAGGAUUGCACGCUCUUCUUGCCUGCGGACAAGAACCCGCAGAGGUGGAUGGUGGAUUCGUACGGAACCAUGGAAAGCGUGGGCUGCCCGGGCAUGUGCAUUUCUCCCACAGGGAGCACCUGGAGUGACCAAGACGUGGUGCUCUCGUCCUGCGAGAACGUCCCGACCUCGAACAACACAGAUGAUCACACCGGACAGCGGUUCUACUUCCAUGCAGAAGGCUUCGUCCAGAACCAGUGGAGCGCCAAGUGCUUGGACUCCAACAGCGACGGCGUGGUGGGAUGGACCGAGUGCGAAUUGGAGGUGAGCUGCAACAAGAAGGGGAUGAAGUUUGAUCCCUUGAACAUGGAUGGCGCAGGCCGCACAUCAGAAGCCACCGUGACACAGUGCAUGAGCCGCUGUGCAAGCGUGGCAGGGUGUGCCCACUUUUCUUGGUGGUCCAAUGGUGGCUGCCAUCUGCAAAACAGUUCUGCGAUCAUGCUCUUCGACAACAACGCCUGGUCUGGACCACCGACCUGUGCAGAGGCGAUCAGCAUGCAGAAGUGGUCCUUCGUGGAGCUUGAUGUGACACAAGCAUCGACCAAGGGCUUGCUGCGCAAUGCGGGCACGAUGAAAUGCAUGGACCCAACAGAUUUGGAUCCGACGAUCUUGGAGCUGCAAUCCUGUAUCACCCAGAUGCCGACCACGGAUCAGCUCUUUCAGCUCUCGGGUGGAGAGCUACGAAACCUCCAAAAUGGGCUUUGUGUGAAUGUGACCGAUGCAGAGGAGGGAUCUGAUCUCUUGCCUGAUCCUACACUAUACAUGACGACCUGCGAUGGAGUGUCUACCUCGAACCUCUUCGCGUUGGACAGCCAAUCACGACUCGUUGUUGCCGGCGACCGGUGUGUGAACUCCACGAGCGGCGACAAUGGGGCGGGCCUGGUGAGCGUGGUGUGCAGCAGCGCGAACGAGACCACGAACAUGACACUUUCCUGGGAGUUUGUGGACACGGCCAUUGUGGCGGAACGCUGUUCACAGAUUUGCCAGCUUCCCACCGAUAUUUGGGACAUUUGGAUGCUUUACAACAACGAUUUGGAUUGCGAGUGCGGGCAUUUGUUCCGCCAAGACUUCCGAUGGAACUACGUCCAAGAAGGCAUCCUGGGAAGUACCGAGCUUUCGGGAUCCUCCCGCUUUGGCCUGCUGUCUCCUCCCGACAUCUCCCUCUUCCGGCUGGAGCAUCCUGUUUCGGUCUUGUCCUCCUUGGCACCGGCGUUUCAACCGGGCUUUGUGGAAGUCAACAGCAACAUGAGCUUAGGAAUCUUCUCACCGACUUUGAGUAUUCCGAAAGAGAUUCCAGAGUCAGGAGACGAACCCACGACACCCUUCGGCUUCUCCUACCUCAGUGAGGCACAGCAGCCAUACAUCGACGUCAUCAGCGUGAACGGGAACUCCGAUUGGGUGAACUACACCGUGAACAUGGUGGAAGGCGACAGCGUGGUGAUCCAGAUCCGCAACUUUGAUGGCCUGAUGGAUGCGGACGUGAAGGUGUAUUUGGGUUUGGUCGUUGUACCUACUGUGACCCUCACCGAAACCACAGUGUCUUUCACAGCUCCGCUGACCACGCAUGGAGAGACUGAAAUGAAGAUCAUGGCCGGCUGGAAAGGUUGGGCCGAUUAUGCUCCUUUCCUGGGCACUGGCAUGCAGCAGGAUACACUCAUGAUCCAGUUCGAUAAUCUCAACGAGGUCACGGCAAUCACUCCUGAUGCCGGAUCCAUGCAAGGUGGUGCCCAGGUGACGAUCACUGGACGUGGCUUCAAACUCCCAGGCUUGAGCAAUUCCGUGGUUCUUUACCAUCAUGGUGGAAGCCUCAUCGGCCAGAUGGCAGGCGUGUGCAACGUGAGCAGCGGCUCUCUGACCAGCAUUGUGUGCCAAAUGCCUUCCUUUGACCUGGCUCACUGGAGCAGCACACAGUUCGAGGAGCGAAUUGAAGUUGUUGUGAACGGCCAGACGCUGGACUCGUCGGGGAACGAUUUGCUCUUCACCUACUCCAGGCCGUUGACACCCAUCGUGCUGGAGGUCCUUCCAGAAUCCUUGUCAUUUGCCCUGACCAACAACCUCACCAUCGUUGGCAUGAACUUCGGCUUGCUGAAGCGCGAGGUGCAGGUGAUGUUCGGCAAUCGUACCUGCAACGUGUGGGACGUGAAUCAGACGCACAUCAACUGUCAGCUGAAGCGAUCAGCCAUGGCACUGCCACCGCUGUGUACGGCCAACCGGGACAUCUACAACGAAGACUGUGUCGUGAAGCCUCACAAUUUCUUCCAGAAGCCCACCUUGUUGGUGACCAGCCGCGGCUACGCGGUGGCUCGCAACAGCUCCUACCUUGAUACGCGCUUCGAGAUCCACAGCGUGGAUCCGCCCGUGGGCAGCGAGGAGGGUGGCUCCCGGGUGACGGUGCGGGGCGUGGGCUUUGGCAACAAGCAGCUGACGCCACAGUUGACGAUCGCCGCCCUGGGCACUCUGGGCGACGUGGAGAGCUGGAGCGACACCGAGGUGGUCUUCGUGACGCGGAAACUGACCCUGAACGUGGAGAAAGUGGAUUUGAUGGUGAACCUGAUCAGCGCUAAGCACAAGUGUGGCACUGGCCCUGAUCCCCAUCCCGGAACCACUACGACCACCACCAUGGGGCAAAACUUCACGAUCCGGCGUUUGAAUGUCUUGCCCUCGGAGGACUGCAACCACAAAGCCUUCAGGGCAUACGCCACGCCCAACAUUACGGCGAUCUCAUCCAUCUCCGGCAAUGAGGGAGACAUGAUCACCUUCACUGUGAGCAUGCCCAGUGGCUACAUCGAUGCAGUGAGCAACGCGGUGGUGAGUGUGCACUUCGGCACACACGUUUGCCCCCACAACGUCACGGCCAAGACGGGUGAUGACUUGACGAUUGCAUGCACGGUGCCUGCCUUUGAAGCCUCCACAGUGAUGAUCAAGGUCCGAAUUCUACCUCUCGGCUAUGCUCGUGCCGGAGCUGGACUGGACCGCUUCACGCAACUCCUGACCGUGGACUCGAUCACACCCAACUCGGGCUCCCUUGGAGGUGUUAAGGUGACCCUGAGCGGCAAAGGCUUCGCCACCAAUCCCUUGCGGCAUUUCAUCCGUGUGGGAAGCAACUACUGGGGCGUUUGCGAACCACUCUAUUCCGACUACUACUCGAUUAGCUGUAUGCUGAACUACAAGGACGACGACGAGGGCUCCGCCAGCGGCGGCUCCGUGGAUGUGGAGGUGAUGCUGUGGGACUCCGAGGUCGCGAAAGAGCCCCUCAGUGCCUUUGGCAACUCAAUGGCAGGAUGCCUAAGGGGAAACAAUGACUGGAGAGACUACAACGUCUUCACACAGGAGGAAUGUGCUUUGCACUGUUUGACCACGCCGAAUUGCAGAUCCUUCGACUUCAGUGCAAGGUACCAACGAUGCUUCAUGGCUGACACUUCGUUCACGGCGUGCAAUGAUUGCCAAGAUCAACGUGCCAAGGACUGCCGCUACUUCGAGCGGCGCACCGAGAGCGACGCUGCUGUGGCCGUCUCCGUGGUGAGGAACAACUUCUUCACUUACAGCGCCAGUGACACCCCGAAGAUCAGCACGGUCUACACUUUGCCAACAAACCCUGACGUGAAGCUGGAGGGCUCGGCAGUGGGCUGCGGGGCUGAUGCAGCGGAUUUGACCACGGGCAACAGUGGCUGCUGCUCUGAGAGUACACCAUGCGGUGUCGAUGAAGGUGUGUGCUCCUCCAGCUCUCGCUGUGCUGGAAAUCUGAGAUGUGUCAGCUAUGCCUGCAGUUGGACCAGCACCGAUGCAAACAUGCAGGACAGCUGCUGCGUCCUAGAGGGCUCGGACUCGGGCUACACCACACAGGACCCUUUGUGGUCUAUGGGUGAUCGAGUUUAUGUCCGUGUUGAACAGUUGUCCAGCAGCGCAGAAGCUGCCAUCACCUCAGACCCCUCCGGAGGUGCUGUCAAUGUCUCUUUCGCUGGAGUACCAUGCAUCAUCGAUUCCGUACGCAGCUUCAGUGGUGAGUCCUGGAUCGAUCUCGGCUGCUUCUUGGGAGACGUUCCUGGAGGUAUUGCGGCGUUCCCGAAAGUUGAGACGGAGACAGGCAUCCAGAUCCAGGAGUCCAGGUGGCUCUUCACAAAGCUGAACAUCUCAUCUGCGCAGCCAUCGGAGCAAGAUUCGAUCGUUGCUGGCAGCAGUUCAUUAGGUGGUGGUUGGACGCUCAACGUGACUGGCACAGGCUUUGCACCACCAAGAAGCGCAGGCGCAGACACGUACGUGGAGGUUUCAGUCUGCGGGCGGCCAUGCGAAGUGGUUGAUGGUGGAUAUGAUUGGCUGGAAUGCAUUGUCCCAAAUGUCACCACAUCCGAGGUGGUUCUUGGCGCUUCUAAUACCAUUGUCAUGCCAGUGGCACGGGUUCUCACCCGAAAUGCAGGCACCGUCAGCGAAGCGCCGGUGUGCUUCCAUGGUGUUGGUGACAACCAUUUUGAGGUUGGCCAUUCAACUUGCGCAGCUGUUUUUGAUGAUGAUCCUGAAGUGGUGGGAGGAACCACUGGCACGAACUGCCAUGUGGGUGUAGAUUUUGGCAAGUUCACGACAGCCAGAGUAGAAAAGAUCCGUUGGCAUCCGCUCUACGACUUUUUGGAGGCAGAUUCGUAUAUCAACGGCAAGUUUCAGAUUGGCACCCUUGCGGAACUCCAAACAUGCGAUGAAUUAAGUUAUGGGUGGAGAGGUGUUGAGUACCAGGGCUGUCAGGAUGUCUCGGAGAGGGGAAAUCCUUGCAUGAUUUGUGUCAGAUGCUGGCUACACUGA